AUGGCACCAGCCGAGCGGAAGAACUACACCGAUGCAGUGCUGUGUUUGGCUCGAAAGCCUCCUCGGCUAUCAACUGCACUUUUUCCUGGUGUCCGAAGUCGAUUCGAUGAUUUUGUUGCAACUCACAUCAACUAUACGCUCCACGUGCACUACAGCGGCUUGUUUCUGCCAUGGCAUCGCCGGUUCACCUGGCUCUGGGAGCAGGCGCUUCGAGAGGAAUGUGGCUAUACAAGCUAUCUACCAUACUGGAAUUGGCCACUUUGGGCUUCCGACCUCAAGAACAGCCCUCUCUUUGACUGCAGUGAUACCUCGCUUUCCGGUGACGGAGAGUAUAAUCCUGCGGAGCAGGCUCUCUCUGGUGGCGAUGUCACCCUCCCUCGAGGCACUGGAGGAGGAUGUGUAAGAUGUGGACCUUUCAAAGACUUCGAACUUCAUCUAGGCCCAUUCUCUCGCUCCUUGACGUCGUUGACCGAAUUGCCUUCCCCGGGAUUUGAGUACAAUCCCCAUUGUCUGAACCGUAGCCUCAACAACUUUGUGGGCUCAAAUUACGACAACACAACCCUUGUGUCCCGGCUCUCAUCAGCCACAGAUAUUUCCGAUUUUCAGAUGGUGCUCGACCACUGGCCAGCACAACCGGAUGGUGUUCUCGGGCUGCACGGGGGUGGCCAUUUCAGUCUGGGGUCCACCAUGCAGGAUUUAUUUGCCUCACCGCAGGAUCCAGCAUUCAUGUUGCACCAUAGUAUGAUUGAUCGUCUUUGGGCAAUGUGGCAGACCAAGGAUGAGCGGAAUCGGCGAUAUGCGCUCAAUGGCACUUCGACCAUCUUGAAUCCGCCAUGGGGGAAGCCUGUGAGGCUGGAUACGGUGAUGGAGUUUGGAGCUCUUGAUCGACCAAGACGGGUCAAAGAAGUCAUGAGUCCCCUGGAACAUGGGCUGUGCUAUAUAUACACUUAG